AUGGCGGCCGGCGGCGGAGGCGGAGGCGGAAGCGAGGCCGUGCAGAAGGCGCUGCAGUCGGUGGCGCAGAGCACGGGGUGGACGUACAGCCUCCUCUGGCGCCUCUGCCCGCGCCAAGGCGCGCUGGUGUGGGCGGAGGGCCACUACAACGGCGCCGUCAGGACGCGCAAGACGACGGUGCAUCAGCCGGGCGGGGAGGGCGCCGGCGAGGAGGGGGAGGAGACGGCGACGGCGGCGGGGGCCGGCCGGGUGGCGCUGCGCCGCAGCCGGCAGCUCAAGGAGCUCUACGACUCGCUGUCGGGGGAGGCGGCCGACGGCGGUCGAGGAGCGGGCGGCGGCAGGGACGGCGCGCAGCGGCAGCACCAGCAGGUGGUGCCGCUGCCGCCUCGCCGGCCCACCGCGGCGCUGGCGCCCGAGGACCUCACGGAGACGGAAUGGUUCUAUCUCAUGUGCGCCUCCUACUGCUUCCCUCCUGCCGUCGGGUUGCCUGGGGAGGCAUUUGUAAGGAGAGUUCAUGUGUGGCUAUGUGGGGCAAACAAAGUUGACAGCAAAGUGUUCUCAAGAGCAAUUCUCGCUAGGAGUGCAGGUAUCCAGACAGUAGCAUGCAUUCCAGUUGACGAUGGUGUCCUGGAAAUUGGGACUACAGAGAAGGUAGAAGAAGACAUUUGUUUAAUUCAAUAUGCUAGGAGCAUCUUCAUGGAUCAAAUUGGCGCCCACAUAAUGCCUACCCUCUCAGGCCAUUCAACUUCCACCGCCCCAACCACACACAUCAAUCAUCAGCCACUCCAGACAAAAAUGGGAAACUGCAUCGGUGACAUAAAUGUGCAGAAAAAUAGUCUCAAUUCAGGAGACGAGCACAAUAAUGAAAUGGUAGAUGGCGACGACAGAAUUGAUUUAUUAGAGAUCAAUACCGGAAAUGAUCCAAGCCGGCAUUCGCCACAGGACACUAAUGUAGGUGUAGGCAAUGAGCAGGGAACGCUCAAUGCAGGGACCAGUGAGCUGAUGCUGAUUGGGACGUCGGAAAGGGUAAGAGAUGGUUGUUCAAAGCAAGAGGAUGAAGAGAUCCCAGUGCUUAUGGUUUGCCAGAACAACGGUAAUCUGGUAGCGCAGAAUGAAUUUGGUCCAUGGCAUGAUUUUCUCGACGAAGACCUGAGCAGUAAAUACCUGCAAUUCCCAGCUUCAAUUCGGGAUGAAAGUAAAGGUGCAGGUCACUGUCCAAUAGAAAUAAGUGGAUCAAAGGAAGACAAAAGGCGGAAAUCCAGAUAUCUUCCAUUCCAUUAUUAUUCACCCUCUACAUCUAUUCGUUCUUUAUUUCCAGCGGCAGAAGAUCAAGCAGUACUAGCGGAAAACGCACACUACGUCGAAACGGUCCUGACAAUCUUACGGUUCAAUGCGUGCCGGCAAACGCAAGCAGCCUCAAACACCAAAGCCUACCUGGCAGUCUCCAAGAACUCGUCGUUCUCAAGAUGGACCAGUUGGAACCACAAAGCAAGCAAUGAUCUUCAGAGCAUGUUGAUCCCUGACGAAGGCACCCCACAGAGAAUGCUCAAGAGCAUCCUGCUCGGUGCCCCUAGCAGCAGUCACCGGAGUUACAGAGGAGACGCCGUCCAGUCACCUGAGCCGAGGGACGACGGCGAAGGCACGAGCCGGUCUCGGAGAGGUCCGGUGCUGGUCCAGGCAGAGCUGAGUGCCAGCCAUGUUCUCAAGGAACGGCGGCGGAGGAGAAGCUCAACGAGAGGUUCGUCAUGCUUCGGUCCUUGGUGCCGUUCGUCACAAAGGUGCGUAUCUAACAAUGAGAAGCAAUGCAAGAGCAAGACAGUCGUGUACUCGUGUUACAGCCUACAGCUACAGCAAGCAACUCUUUUUUUUUUCUCCUGUUCGCAGAUGGACAGGGCGUCGAUCCUGGGCGACACGAUCGAGUACGUGAAGCAGCUACGGAGACGCAUCCAGGAGCUCGAGUCUCGAGCUCGGCUGGUUGACAGCAACCCGAAGACGGCGGCGGCUGUGGCGACGGCACAGCCGCCGCCGGCAGCCUCAAAGGAGACGAAGAGAGGUCAUCACACCGGCGGCGGUUACCUCGCGCGCGCAGGCAUAGCAGCGGAGGCGAGCGGCAGCUUCUGCAACAGCAGCGUCGUGGAGCCUCCGGCGGUGGCCGGCGACACGGAGGUGCAGGUGUCCAUCAUCGGGAGCGACGCGCUGCUGGAGCUCCGGUGCCCGUACAGGGAGGGGCUCCUCCUCCGGGUCAUGCAGGCGCUGCACCAGGAGCUCCGGCUGGAGGUCACCUCCGUCCAGGCCUCCUCAGCAGGUGACGUGCUACUUGCAGAGUUGCGUGCAAAGGUGAAGGAGGUGCAUGGCAGGAGGAACAGCAUCACUGAAGUGAAGAGAACAAUUCAUCUAAUCGUUUCAUCAGACUAA